UCUAAUUUCUAUUCUCAACCCCUAAAUCACUUUCUAUCUAUCCGGUUACGUCAGUCCUUAGAAAUCAAAAUAAGUGGGUUUCUAACAGUGGUAUCAGAGCCCGAUUACGAUAUGAGUUUAUCGGGACUCUCAUGAGACAAAUGGUACGAAGCUGCCCGGAAACGAGAUGCAGAGAUGAAACAACUGUUAGAACAAUUGGCGUCGUUCGAUUCGGACGAUGUUGAUGACUGGUGGGAAGACGACGCAGUGGUAGCAGACGAGAUAGAAGUCGUUGAUGAGGAAUCUAAUUCGGCGGAGGUUUCGCCUCCAUUCAUGGUGCCAUCACCACUGCUCGAGACAACCGAUACGGUCGUGACUACCGUCGCUAUCCAAGUCGCUGCAGGCUUGCUCAAGGAGGAGCAGAAUGAGACUGCCGAGAUCGCAAUCAGACCGGUGGCUAAGGAAGAAAUCGACCCUGUGGGUUCGGUUACUGUCCGCGUCAAGGAGAGGGCAGUGGCCUCGGGAGAAAAAUCUGAAGCAGAAGAGGCGGAGGAAAAAUCAACGCCUAAUUGCGUUGUGGAUUGGCCAUUCAGGAAGCAAAAGCUGCGAUCCAGCAAGAAAGGACAGGUGAGAAAACUCUAAACCUAGCAGAAGAGCGGCUAGGGUUUCAAGGAAGAAGUAGGUGAAACGAGGAUCAAGCCAUUGUCGGAAUUGGCAUCUUGCCCUUUCCUCUGUGGGAUUUCCAUUAUAUACAGCAAAGAAGGUAAAGUUGCUUAUCUGUACAUCAACGGCUAAGUAACAGUAAAUAAACUUAAACUAACCUAUAGCUACUUGACAGGUGGCUAACGUUGUAACUAAUUACCAUUUCCUAUCAAUGCUUGCAACGGCGUCGUCUUCCUGUGGAGUUGGAUACCACUUAGGCAAACGACACCGUGGAGGUCUUCGCUGGAUACUGAGCUGAGUGAAGGGAAGCUCAACUCAGUUCUUCGUUUUGUCCAUCUGCAGAGUCUUCUGCUCAUUCAUCAAUACUCAAGCUCCAGCUCUGCAGCAGCUCUUUCAUCAACCAAUCAUCGAUCUGGUUCACACCCCCCCCCCCCCCCCCCCCCCCCCCCGGCGGCAAGCUUGCAGGCAUACAUCAUGGACAGCAAGCUUUGACAGGAGAUAUGUGAAUCGAUCAACAGACAAACCUUUUGUGAAGAUGUCUGCAAGUUGCUCAUCAGUAUGAACAUGGUGCAAACUGAUGAGUCCACCUUUCAGUCUUUCACGAACAACAUGGCAAUCAAUCUCAAUAUGUUUU